AUGGGAAGGAAAUCAACCAUUAAGCCAGCCACAGGAAUAGCAGUUGGAUUUAAUAGUGGACAUGUUGUAACAAAGAGAAAUUUAAAAUUACAUAAGAAAAAGAAACCAUUUUCUAAAAGAAAAGAAUUGAUAAAAGAUGUAGUUAGAGAAAUUACUGGAUUUAGUCCAUAUGAAAAAAGAAUAAUUGAAUUGAUAAAAAUAGGUACAUCUGCUUCUACUAAAAGAAGUUUAAAAUACGCUAAAAAAAAGUUAGGAACCCAUAAAAGAGGAAAAGCUAAGAGAGAAGAAAUUCAAAAGGUCGUUAUUUUACAAAGAAGAAAAGCUGCUGAAAAACAUUAA